AUGUCGAACCCUAACGAUCCCCCUCUGGACGAGAUCCAAUGGCGCUCUCCAAUAGCGAUCGCGCAAAUGGGCGGCCUCCAUAACAAUACCAUCCUCUUCUACUUUGCCGAAUCGCCAUUCUUCGAGCGCACUUCGAAUAACGCCGUGGUCUACAACCAAGCUAUGAACGUACCCUCGAUGUAUCCCGUCAUCCAAACACGCGAAGCCUUUGAAACACAUCUUAACACCAUGUCUGGCCUCGAGUUUAGAGUCGUAGAGGAGCCUGCAGAGACUGGCCCUGGAGCUGGCACAGGCGUAUGGGUGAUUCGCAAACAGACAAGACGGAAGUCAGCAUACGAAGACGAUGAAAUUACUGUGCACGCGUCUUACUUUGUAGUGGGAGAGAAUAUCUACAUGGCACCAACCUUGAGCGGCAUUCUAGCAGCACGAAUUAUGACAAUAUCUUCAUGCAUCACGAACGCUGUCACAGCUGCUGAAUCAGUUCGAAAAUGGGGUCCUUCCAGGGGCAACUACUACGAGCUUCCAGCAGCCAAGACAACAACAAAGGCAAAAAUCCAGGACUCUGCUGCCGCGACCCCAAUGCCUGUACCAGACGAGCCUAGCAAAGCCCCAGCAGCUCCUACACCAGUUACACAGAAGGAUGACGAGAAGGAGUUGGAAAAACUGGCUGAAGAGUCUUUCAUGAUACACAUGAAAUACGGCGGCGAAUACAUCGACGAGAAUCCCAUCACAGGUCGUCCAGGAGAGUUCCAUCUCACCACCACGGGCCGAAAGCCACCACAACUUGUGAAAAAGGACAGCCCUGUCAGGAGCAUCACAGCGCCGACGAUCAACACCAAAAUUGAAGAUAAGAAAGAAAGCAAAGAGAAGACACCCAGAUCAGCUGCUCCAAAACCUAAGCGUAAGAAGAGUAAAAUGGCGAACUCGACCAGCACACCAGCUGCAUCAUGA